AUGCCGGAGCCGCCGGUCGAGCGCGUGGUGGUGCACCCGCUGGUGCUGCUGAGCGUCGUCGACCACUUCAACCGGAUCGGGAAGGUGGGCAACCAGAAGCGCGUCGUGGGCGUCCUGCUGGGCUCGUGGCAGAAGAAGGUGCUGGACGUGUCGAACAGCUUCGCCGUGCCCUUCGAUGAGGACGACAAGGACGACUCGGUGUGGUUCCUGGACCACGACUACCUGGAGAACAUGUACGGCAUGUUCAAGAAGGUCAACGCACGGGAGCGGAUCGUGGGAUGGUAUCACACCGGUCCGAAGCUGCACAAGAACGACAUCGCCAUCAACGAGCUGGUGAAGCGCUACUGCUCCAACUCGGUGCUGGUGAUCAUCGACGUGAAGCCCAAGGACCUCGGGCUGCCCACCGAAGGCUACAUCUCCGUGGAAGAGGUGCACGACGACGGCACCCCGACAUCCAAGACCUUUGAGCAUGUGACCAGCGAAAUCGGAGCGGAGGAAGCUGAGGAGGUCGGGGUGGAGCACCUGCUCCGUGACAUCAAGGACACCACCGUGGGCACCCUUUCCCAGCGCAUCACAAACCAGGUCCAUGGUUUGAAGGGACUGAAUUCCAAACUCCUUGAUAUCAGGAGCUACCUGGAGAAAGUAGCUGUGGGCAAGCUUCCCAUUAGCCAUCCGAUCAUCUAUCAGCUCCAGGAUGUCUUCAACCUCCUGCCGGAUGUCAGCCUGCAAGAGUUUGUCAAGGCUUUCUACCUA